UAGUAAAUGUCGAAGUCAAAAAUUAUAACCUUAAAAAAGUAAAAUACUGUUUAUAUUGUGUGGUUGUUUUUAUUUGUUAUUUUGUGAAUAUAAACAAAUAGUCUUACAAUGAGCAGUAGUGAUGAAUCCGACCAACAUUCUAGUGCUGAGGAGCAGGAUGAGGAAAGGACUGAAAUUAGAUCACAGUUAUCAACGCUAUCAUUUGAGGAAUUACAAAAACUAAAAGAGAAAAUCGGUGCCAAAGUGUACAAAGAAGCAUUGUUUGGUAAAAAACCAGAGAGAGAUGCUCCAAAAGUAUUUAAAAGGGAAAAUAAAAAUAGACCACGUGAGAUGAGCUCUAAGAAGCCUGUGCGCAUGCUGCAAGCUAUACCAACUGUCAAGAAGAAAGAAAUUCGUGACCCAAGAUUUGACCCUCUCUGCGGUGAAUUCGACAAGAAACAGUUUGCUGAAGACUAUAAUUUUCUGUCAGAUAUCCGUAUAAAAGACAUAAAGGCUAUUAGAGCCGAACUGAAAGAAACUACGGACCCUGAAAGACAGUUGAAGCUACGGAGACUACUGCAGAGAUUGAAUGACCAGCACAAACACACGAAGAGGAGUAAGGUGGAGAAAGAAGCAGUGGAGAAGAAUAGAGAACAGGUUGAACAAGAGUUUAGGGCAGGAAAACAGCCGCACUUUAAGAAUAAAUCUGAACAACGAGUAGAAGCACUAGUGAAGCAGUACGAGGAACUGAAGAAGGAAGGUUCUGGAAGGAUCCAGCGCCAUCUCAAGCGGAGACAGCAGAAAGUUAAGAAACGAUCCUUUAAGGCACCAACUGGUGUCAGUUAAAUAUGUAAAUAGAGCAAUAAAAUGUACAAUUACCCCAA